GCUCGGGCACUUCCGCAAAGAUGGCGGCGGCUGCGCGGACCAGCGCCCGGCUGGUGGUGUGGAGCAAACGACUGCGGCGCGGGCUGGAGGCCAGCCGACGGGCUGUGCACAGCUCGGGCUCCUUGGCAGCUGCGGUGACCGGCGUGGCACUGGCAGGGGCAGGAGCGGCCUGGCACCACGGCCGCGGGAAUGUCGCGGCGCGCGGAGGCAGCCUCGCUGCCUCCACACAGGAAAGUAUUGACAGUGGAGCAGUCGAGAAAGUCUCCCUUCGUAAGCGACGUUUCAUGCAGUUUUCUUCCCUGGAACAUGAAGGAGAAUAUUACAUGACGCCACGAGACUUCCUGUUUUCAAUAAUGUUUGAACAAAUGGAACGUAAAACAUCAGUCAAGAGGUUAGCAAAGAAGGAUAUCGAGAAUGUCCUGUCAGGAAUCCCAAAGGCUGGUCGUGGAUCAACCUUUUUUAGAGACCUUGGAGAUAGAGGGCUGAUUUCAUAUACUGAGUAUCUUUUCUUGCUUACAAUCCUUACUAAACCCCAUACUGGGUUUCAUGUGGCUUUUAAAAUGUUGGACACGGAUGGCAAUGAGAUGAUUGAGAAAAAGGAGUUUUUUAAGCUACAGAAGAUCAUAAGUAAACAAGAUGACUUCAAGAUAAUGAAAACUAAUGAGACAGAGUGUCAGGCUCAAACAGUGAAAGAAUCUGAAAUUAAUACAACUCUUCAGAUGUGUUUCUUUGGGAAAAGAGGAGAAAAGAAACUUCAUUAUAAAGAAUUUCGAAGAUUUAUGGAAAAUUUACAAGCAGAAGUUCAAGAAAUGGAAUUCAUUCAGUUUUCCAAAGGUUUGAAUUUCAUGAGGAAAGAAGACUUUGCAGAAUGGCUACUUUUUUUCACCAACACUGAAAAUAAAGACAUUUAUUGGAAAAAUGUGAGAGAAAAGUUGUCAGCAGGAGAGAGCAUUAGUUUGGAUGAGUUCAAGUCAUUUUGCCAUUUUACGACCCACUUGGAAGACUUCGCUAUUGCCAUGCAAAUGUUUAGCUUAGCUCAUCGACCUGUCAGACUAGCAGAGUUUAAGAGAGCUGUGAAGGUAGCUACAGGACAAGAGCUUUCAGACAACAUUUUGGACACGGUCUUUAAGAUCUUUGAUUUGGAUGGUGAUGAAUGUCUUAGCCAUGAAGAAUUUCUUGGGGUGUUAAAAAACAGGAUGCAUCGAGGUUUAUGGGUACCACAACAACAGAGUAUACAAGAGUACUGGAAAUGUGUGAAAAAAGAAAGCAUCAAAGGAGUAAAAGAAGUCUGGAAACAAGCAGGGAAAGGCCUUUUUUAAAAAGAGAUAACACAGCAGUUAUGUGGCUCCAAAGUCAAGAUUUGACAUUUUUUCCAAAGCACUAGCUGCUUUUCUUCCUAAGUCCUCAAUUUCCUUUGUAGUAAAAAAACACCAUGUACCUGCUUUCUGAUUCAGUGAUUUCUUGAUACAUUUUUUCACUGAGACCUUAGUGAAAAGAAAACGAACUACAGUACUGUUGUCUAAAAGCACACUGGAUUCUGUCAGAAUGCCUAAAUUCUAAGUGAUUUUUUGUGGUUGAUAAAACAGAAAGCCUAGUUAUUCAUUGAGUUCUUAAACAGAAGAGCAUGAUUUUCUUUCUGGAAAAGUUAUCUUGGGGCAGGGAUUUAGUUCAGUGGCUCGAGAGCUUGCCUGGUAAGCACAAGGUCGUGAGUUCGAUCCCUGGUACUAAAAAAAAAAAAAGAAAAGUAGUGCUUGCUUCAGCAUAUACUCAAAUUAGAAAAGGUAACAAAGUAUCUGAUUCACAGGCAGUAUCAGUUCCAGAAAUUGUGGUGUUGCUAGGAGAAGAAAUUAAAUUAAAAGCUGCUUUCAGAUUUCUUGCAUCAGUGUCAUCUCUAAUAAAGUUCUUGUGUGUUUUACUUCAGUUAGCUUAGCUGUAUAUUGUCUUAAAAAUAGUAUGUUAAUGUCAGUAAUGAAAUAAAAAUAAAAGUGUUCACAUAAAUACAAAAAA